AAAUGUCUCGCAAUGUCUGAAAGUCCCCAACAAGAAACACAUAAACAAGAGAAAUGGAAAGGGAGAGACUCUUCUGCACAAAGCAUGCAAGAGAGAAGAUCUGGCACGAGUUCAAGCACUCAUUCAAGCUGGUAUCAAUAUCAACAUGGAGGAUUAUGCAGGGUGGACAGCUCUCCAUGAGGCAUCCGCUGUGGGUGAUGAAGCUGUGGUUGAGGAGCUGUUGAAGGCUGGAGCUAAUGUUAAUGCUAGAAGCUGUGAUGGUGUCACACCCCUACACGAUGCCGUUUCCUCUGGUCACUAUCAGGUAGUGGCACUUCUCCUCCAGUAUGGGUCAAAUGCCAGUGACAGGACUGUUGGUGGCCUCAGUGCACUAGACAUGGCAGAGGAGGUGAAUAUCAAAGAGCUGCUCUUAACUUUCCAAGCGUCUUCUGUUGUGCAUGAGCAGCUUUGUGAGGCACCUACACAAUACACACAACAAGGUGGCACAUGCUCAGAGGCUCACUGCCACAUGCAGCUGUCCUGCCAGAGCAGCUUCAUUCCCAGCUGCAGUGAGACAGCAAAAGUACAAUCCAGAGAAUCAGGUGAAAGAGAUGGAACCAGAGAGCCCGGUGACAUUCAGCUGAGAAAGAAAGACACCACCACUGAUAAUCGGAGUCAUUCAGAGGCCAUAACAAUGAUUUUGGAGAAAGUGCAGAGGAAACAAACGGAUAUAUCAACUUGGUCUCUGGCAGGUCUGGAGGAUACAGGCCGAUAUCAUGCUGCUCUAACACAGAUCCAGAAUGGGUUGAUUGAGGUUCUCGCCAAACAGCAUUUGGAGAAGGAUAAUCUUGCCCACAAAUACUGGAGUGUGUCUGACUUUCUUCAGCAACGUGUGUUGAAAAGUCAUCUCGUCUCUAUUGCUUUACAUCAGAGGAACUUGGUGGAGAUCCUCCAGAAUCAAAUGCAUUUGGUAGAGGUGUAUGUAACCAUGAAGGCCAUACUUUCCACUGAGCCACACACAGUAGUGAGACAGCAGCCAGAUCACUUCUCCACUCCAGCUUCCACACAGACCUCUUCUAAAGCUAGAGCAAUACACAACUGUAAUCAAGACAGUCUAACGAAGGAAAGCCAUAGACCAGUUACACAGGCCAGUCUGUUGAGAUCGGCUCUUCCAAACAAUACCAAGUGCCUUGCGGUGCCCAGGCAUCCUGCUGCUGUGAUAGCCAAGAAGAAGGCUCCCACACACACUGAUGUGCUGAAUGAGAAAGCCAGCACGUACCAGAGAAGUGCCCCACAACCAGGAAAUACUUUACAACACAUCAACUUUAAGAUGAAAGGAAUAAAUGCACUGAUACAGUCAACAGCUGCAGACAACAGCAGACAUCUCUCUAAUCUCAUACAGAGGGGAAUCAUGCCAUCUGGAAGUGCUCUACAGCUGUUGUUGAAGGGUCACUGGCACCUUGCUCAGGUGCUGAGUGAUGGCUCAAUAAAGGAUAGUAAAGGCAAGUUUCACCUUGCUCCAGAAGACUGGCUGGAAUCCGUCCUUGGUAACAACAUCCCUGUCAGUUCGGAGUACGCCUGGGACAAGGUGAGGUACAGAGACAAACCUUUGUCUAAUUACAUAUUGGACAUGGAAGCUGAAGAAAACACACCACAGACACAUCCUGAGAAUGAUAUUCAACACUGCAGGCCUGUAUCUUCUCAGGAGGCGCUUAUCACAGAGGCAGACAGUCUGAACUGUCUAAUGAAAAUCAAAAUGAUCCAUUUGCUGGAUGAUGAGGAAUUUCUGCCAAACGCUCUAGUGGACUGCUACUGGGAGAAGCUCUUGAAGAAAGACUAUUCAGAGUCUGAAGACUGGGAGAGUGAAUUAUAAUUAACUCUCCACAUAUUUUGUCCACAACUGUUUGUUUUCAGAAAUGAACUUGGUGAGUUUUUUUUACUCAUCAGUUUACUGUACUCUUUGUGAUUGUGGUGAAUGUGAUGUGAUCACCAAUAGAAUUGAAAGUAUUUUAGAGUAUUAAUGAGUUUUGAUUCAUUUCCCAUAUUACACAUGCUUGUUGUUAUGUAUUUGUACUUCUGGUUUUAUGCUGUAACUGUUGAUAUUAGAUUAAAACAU